AUGCAGCACACCCCUCUACCGGCUUCGCUCAGCGCGAGCAGCAUGCAGCAGCAUGCUUCGAAGCGCAUCUCCUCUCACGAUCGUCGCGAGGCCGCUACUUCCGGCAGCGUGCUCUCUUACGCAUCACAUCUUCCAGCAUCCCUCGGCGUAGGCGCUCAACAGGCACCAGCAAGAUCACUCAAGGAACGUCUUGGUCUCUCCAGGAACGCCUCCUCUUCCUCCUCUGCUUCGUCCCUUCCACGCUCACAGUCGAGCGUCGGUGGUCUUCAAUUCUCCAAUGCCAGCGCAUCGAGCUUCUCCACAUACAUCCCGACGUGGGCCCCUCAGAGCCAGAGCUCCAACCCAGCUUCGCAUCCGCCAGAUCGUCUCUCCGCGAGCAGCAGCACCGCAUCCAUCGAUUUGCCAUCUGCCUCGAUCCCUUCUCGCAACUUUCUCGUGCCCAUCGGUACAACGGGUGCGCGCCAAAAGCUCUCCAUCUCCAGCGCUUCUCAGAGACGCAAGCUUGCCCGAUCCGAGGACGCGACAUGGUCCACCCUCAGCCCACAAAGCCAGAUGCCGGCAGGUGCCUCGGGACUCAAUCGCUCACAAUCCGAUUUGCACAACCUGAGCGCACUAGACGGCUCAGCCGUCCACGGCUUGAGCCGAUCUUCCUCCAGUGGUCUCUUGGGAUCGAGCUCAGGCUCAUCAUCCCCCCUCACACCUCAAUCAGCAUCACAUACCGUCCUCACUCCGGCCGAGCUGGUACAGCAGGCAGCCAUGCAGCGCCUGUCUUCGCAGCGCUUCAUGGCUCCUCACCAGCCUCGCAGCGUCUCGGAAAACAUCGUGCCUGCACGAUCUUCGUCCAACCGCCCCUCAUUGGGCCCGCCUGCAUCUGCACAACCAAUUGUUGAACAACAGCAGUCGUCUUCUCACCUGGUUCCGACAUCGUCGACCUCAGACAGACGACCAGAGCCAUUGCCGAUGAGCUCAACCCCUCUCGCACCUCGAUCAGCGGCCGUUGUGGUACCCGACCGUACCGCCUCGAGCAGCAUCCCCAAUUCAGACGCAGAUCGUCGCCCAGCACCCGCCAUCGUCAACGCCAGCGUUCAACCACCCGCCGACUCUCGAGAUCUUGCGGACGACAACAGCAUCUCAUCCAGGCCGCUGACACUCGCCGAAACCUACAAGCGAGCCAUGCUCGAGCGCGAUGCGGAGCGCGCAAGGUCCGCCGCGGCUCGCAUCGAUAUCGCACCGUCCAAGGUCGCCUCAGCACCCUCGCAAGCUUCCGCACCCACUCUGGAUCUCAAAUUGCCCAGCUCGAGCUUCUUUGAUGAUGAUGAUUCGACACGCACCAGCACUAGUACCGUGACGCCUCAGCCUCCCACCUCUCCCGCCACCGUCCGUCAUCGCGAGUCUGACGUGUCCACGACCCAGCAUCGCUUGGACGGUCGCACUCGUGGCUUACGCGAGGCCCCGACCCCACCCCGAGACGAUGUCAAUAGCAGCCGCAUUGCAACUCUCGACAAGACCACACCGCCACGAUCCGGCUCGGCUCUACCCUCGCUUCAGAAAUCGUACGAUGAAGCCAUGUCGAUACAGAGUCGCAUCAAGUCGCGCAGCAACGACGAGCCUGCGUACGGCGGCCUGUUUGACAGCAACAUCGAUCCCUUUGCUACCAGCGCCACCGACGACCAGCUCGCGCGCUCCUAUCUGGCGCUGCGCGACGAGGACGAGGAUGCUGCUGAACGUCACGGCAAGGCUACGCCAAAGCAGAACACGACCACGCCGAGCGCAUCGAAAAAGCAAGCAGAACAGGCGACUAAGUCCUCACCGCUCAGAUCACCCGCACCGGAUGUCGGCACACCACGGACACCACCCGCUGACAAGAGCUUUGUGCAAUUCUCCACUCCAGAGGAAGAUCGCACCACGCCGAAAGCAGAGCUCACAUCGUACGACGUCACGUCUCCCCGUCGUGCCUCACAGGCAGUCGCUCACGUCGAAGAGAGCGCCUUUACUGCAGAGACCGAACGACCCGCCCUUCUGCGCGAAGUUUCGCUCAAGACGUUGCGAUCGCCGCCUAACAAGCUGGAAGCUUCGCCUGGCCCGCACGAAGAGGCAGCUUUGCAGGCCGGUGCUGUCGCGGCCGCAGCUGUCUCGCCGUCCGUCAACGCUGGAACCUCACCUAUGGCGUCCAAGCCACCCAGUCGUACUUCACCUGCCGUCAACGGCGAGCGCACGCUGCAUCCGAUAGACGAGACCGCAGACGCCGCGAGGUGGAGGCGCGGCCAAGAAGCUUUGGCGACUUUCUCGCCCCUCCAGCAGAGCCGCUUCUCCGAGGCCAGCACUGACCGAUCCGAUUCGCGUGCGCCCACUCGCAACGAGCGUCGCUAUUCGGGACGCGCAUCCAGUGUCUCUAGCGCCGACGGACUCGGCGACGACUCCAACGAUGGGCAUCUGCUCCCUGCGAGCGCGUGGCACGAAGUCGAAAACGCCCUCCGAAGAUUCCGCGACAAGACAUCCGGUGUCGCCGCCGAUCGCGGCAAUCUGCUGCGCGCCGUACUGUUGCCCUUCUUGGCCCUCGAGGCAGAGACAAUCACUGUCGACGUCGUCGGCUCCGGCAUCUACGUCAAGGGUAAGGCGAGGCGUGCGCUCUUCUUCGACUGGAUCCGCUCGCUCCUGCUGGAGCUUCAGCACGUGCAGACCUCUGCUGAUCGUGGUGCCAUCCUGGAAAGCAUCGCUUGCAUCAUCGAGAGCCGCAACUUCUCGGCCUCGAUCCUCAGCGCUGAUCCAGAGGACGAAGCUCGAUUCUCCUCGGUCUUCGGCCACAUCUUGUCGUACGCGAUCGGAGAGCUCAAUAAGAAGGGCGUCUAUCAAAACACGCUCAUCUUUUCCGGCCGACUCUUGGCCGUCGCCUUCUUCAGGGUCAACGGCGUGGCGAGCAAGCUGCUGCGUGCGCUGCCCGUCAACCGCUUCGCCCUUGAACGAGUGGCGCGCGAGUUUGAAUGGCAGAGGAAGCGGCCGGUCGACUUUGACCGCUUUGCCAACCGCUUCCCAGCAACGCUACGCCAACUUUGCUACAAGGAUUCUCGACAGUACCUCAAGAUGCUCGACAGCGAGUCGGUGGCCGGGUCGGCCAACGGAUCGGAUCCGCAAAGCGCCGAAGACGAUAGAUUCCUGGUCUGUCAGCCCGAGGUGGAAGUCGAGAUGUCGGGCAACUGGCUCCGUCGAUGGCAGUCGGAUGACUCGGAGCUCUUCUUCAGCUUCUGCCGCAGCUACCAUCGACAGCUUGCCAGCCUGUUUGCCAGCUCCAAGACGCUUGACAGCGUGUCCAAGUACUUUUUCGGUGGACCCGGCUACGCGCACCUUGCGACCUGCGUCCAUCAAAAGUGUUUGGCCUUGGUGCAUCGUGUCAUCCUGUCCGUCACUACGCUGUCGUCGCAGAAAAACUUCAAUCCGGCAGGCGAGACGGCCAACGUGCUUUCCGGAAGCACUGCGGGCAAGCCGCGCAUCCUCGAAGCAGCCAAUCGUCGAUGCACAGCCAUCGUGGUCGAUAUCGUACGCGCACCAGCGGGGUCAAACAUGAUUUUCGCACCCAUGCUCGGCCUGCACAUCAAGGCGCUCAUCAAGCGAACGUCGUUGUACGAUGUUCAAGGCGUCUUUUGUCUGCUCGACUGGUUGGACGGAGUCAUCAGCCACAUGGACACGAAUGAGUUUAUCAGCGAAGGCUUCAUCGAUGUUUCGUUCAUCAUCACCACCAUCGGCAUGCUGCUCGAAAAUGCGGACCAUGCGCUGGCGCUCAUGCGCACCAUCGCUUUUUGCUACGCCAACUUUGGCGUGCUGACCGCGACGAGCGAGAAUCGCGUCUACUUUUGCGAACAGAUCCUGCUCAAGCCCAGCGUCUUUCACAAGCUCUUCCUCUCGUGGUCGUUCACCAUCCGAGCCUACUACCUGCAUCUGCUCGUGUUUAGACUGGCGCGUAUCAGCGACUUUCCGUCGCCAUCGGACGAUCCAAGCGGCAGGACAGCGGUGCGAGUGGUGCGUCUCUUCAACCAGCGUCUCGAGACGCUGCGGAAGAGGCAUGAUGUGCUUUCGCCAGAGACCGACUCGAGUUCGGACGGCACCAAGUCGGAGGACGGCAGAUCGAGAAAGUCGGGAACGUCGACGUUUGUGAGCACCAUCAAGCGCGCCUCCACGGACGGGGAAGCCAGCUCAGAGGGGAGCAACGACGGUCGACCCAGGGCAGAGAAGAUCAUGGGCAUGACCGCUGUGGAUCCGCGCGCUUCACCGUCUACCAAGUCGUCGGAGUCUAAGAAAGCGUCACACUCCAAGACCAAGAGCUGGCUUAAGGCGUUCCGUGGUGCCAAGGAUGGCAAAAACGGCUCUCAUCGCGCCAUCCAACCCUUCUCGCCGACUUCGGGCAGAGCGACGUCCGGGGUCGAGUCGGACGACGACAGCAAGACGAUCGGUAGCGCACGCACGACGCCGCGCACGUCGUUCGAGUCGGCGAGCUCGGAUACCCUGUCAGACGUUUCGACGCUUGCUGGUAGUGUGCGUGGUGGAAAGUCGAAGAGCGGCAGCGGUUUCGAAUUCGACAUCAAGGAGCAACAGAAGCAGCAGCAGCAACAGCAAGGAGCGCGUUCCUCUUCGCAAGCUACGCACUCGCCUACACACGACGCUGGUGUUGCUGCGGACACGAUGUUUGACCUGCAGUCGGGGCAUGCACAGCAGCCGCCGACGCCGGGAAGGACGCCCAUGUCGCCACGCAUUUCGAAAGCUUUCUCAAGACGGGCGUCAAUGCUCCCGGGACCUGCAUCCGAAUUGGUCGCAGAGGCGGAAGCUCAGCAGGUACCGCCUGUACCCGAUCUGCCAACUGAGCACAUGGGACUGGGUCUGAGCGGCGUCAAUGGCGGUGGCCCUGAUGCCCCUCGUGCGGCUGAGGUGUACGACGACACUCUGCACAUCUACGCGGUGCAGAGUCUGCGCGAAUACGAACAGACGGUGCAAGAACACGACGAAUUCUUCGCCUCGGUGCCGCGGGACCAGUCGACGCAGGUGCCCCGACUGCCAGUGAACUGGCCUGCUAUGUGGUCUUCCACCGGAGAGUAA